AUGACUUUGAAUUCCCCUAAAAUAAUAUCGAAAAGAUAUCAACCUCAUAAAAAUCUUGAAAAAAAAAAGAUAAAAAAUCAGUAUUUAAGAGUUAUGGUCCACAAAGAAGUGCAAAAUUCGCAUCAUCAUAGGUCGAGUAUGAAGAAAAUACAUAAAAAAUUUAAAUCUAAGAAAAAAUCAAAAAAGCGAAUUGAAAGGGUUUUUUUAGGGAUUUCUCCUAAAAAACAUACAACUUUAAAAGCAGAUAGAAAAAAUACAAAAAAGCAAAUACGAGAUAAUAAAAAGGAAAAAAUAGUAGGAAAGAAUAAUGUAUAUACAGGAAGUUUUGGAGUUUCUAAAUUAGUUGUUAUUGUUUCUCUUUGUACUAACGUAAAUCCCUUGAAAGUGGUUGAAAAUCUUAAUAAAUCGAUUGAUAUUGAUACAGAAGAUUUUGUUGGAGUAUCUGAUGUAUUUAACAUUGAGCGAUUUAAACAAAAACUUCAAUAUAUUAUUCCAAAGAGAGAUUUUUUGGAUAUUAUUGAUUAUUGCAAGGUGUCUGAUUUUGUAAUAUUGCUUAUGUCUGCUAAAGAAGAUGUUGAUAUGUUUGGUGAAAUAUGCUUACGAUCUAUCCAGGCACAAGGUAUUUCAACUGUUAUACCUGUAGUUCAGCAUUUGGAUGAUUUAAGUUCUUCAAAAAAGAAAGUAGAUGUAAAAAAAUCAUUAUUAAGUUUCAUUAAUCAUUUUUUUCCAGAAGAACAGAAAAUAUUUACUAUUGAUGGUUUACAAGAUGCAUUAAAUGUUAUAAGAAUGAUAUGUGUUCAAAUACCUUCUGGAAUACAAUGGCGUGAUGAUAGAUCAUAUGUUUUGGCAGAGAAUGUUACUUGGAAAGAUUUGGAUGAUAGUACAAAGGGUGUUUUGAUUAUUAAGGGUAUUGUAAGAAGCAAGCCUCUGAAUAUAGAUCGUUUAGUUUGUAUACCUGGUUGGGGUGAUUAUCAAAUUGAUCGAAUUAUUAUUCUUGGCUUAAAUGAGUUUAAUAAUAAGAAAAAAAAUAAUUCAAUGAUAGAAGAUGUUGAAGAAACGAUUAUUUUUCCUACAGAAAAUCAAGAUUCUUUAGAAGAAUUGGCCCCAGUUAUAGAAGAUAUGGAAGAUAUGAAUGGUAAUGCUAAUCAGGAAAAAAAGAAACGAAAAAGUGUUCAUAUUGAUGACUAUUGUUACUUCUCUGAUGAUUCUGAUACAAUAAAAAGGCCGCGUCGCUUACCUUAUGGAACAUCUGAUUAUCAAGCAGCAUGGAUUCUUGAUAGCGAUUCUGAUGCUAGCGAAGAUACUUCAAAUAUGGAUGUUGACAAUUCUUCUUCAAAUGAACAUAGUAAUUCUGAGAGCUUUGAAUAUAAUGAUGAGGAAGAUGACUCAGAUAAUGACCAAAUAGAUGAUGAUCAAAGUAAGAUGUCAAUAGAAUCAUUACCGGAGGAUGAAAAUAUUAAUGACAGACAAAAGGAAAGGGAGGAAGAUCGCGAUUUUCCUGAUGAAGUUAUUGUUUCUUCUGAUGUAUCACUUAAAAAAAGAUUUAAAAAAUACAGAGGGUUAAAGAAUUUCCGAACAAGUCCAUGGGACCCUAAUGAGUACAAUUCUGAUACUCCUUAUUAUUGGAGGCGUAUAUAUAAGUUUGGUAAUUAUAAAACAACAAAAAAAAGAGUUAUUAAACAAGCACUCAAUGAUGGAAUUAAGCCUGGAACAUGCAUAAUUAUUGAAAUUAGGAAUUGUGAAAAAGAAAUAUUCUCUACAUAUUCUUCUACAUCGCCUUUUAUUAUUUUUUCACUUUUGCAGUAUGAACAUUUUUUAACUGCUUCAAAUUUCCUUAUAACACAGAAUUCUGGAUAUGAAUUGCCAGUUAAAUCUAAAGAUGAACUUAUUUUGCAAUAUGGUCCUCGUAGAAUUCUUGUUAAACCACUUUUUUCUCAAUCUUCUAAUACAAGAAGUGUAAAUAACGUACAUAAAUUUGAAAGAUAUCUACAAAAAGGAAGAUCUUCUAUCGCUUCUGUAGUAUGUCCUAUUUUCUUUGGAAAUAUUCCUAUAUUGCUUUUAAAAAGUACUUUAUCAGGUUUUUCUUUGGUAGCAACAGGAUCAUUUUUUAAUGUUGACCAUUCAAGAAUUAUAUCGAAGAGGGUGAUUUUAACCGGUUAUCCUUUUAGAAUUUACAAAAAAAUUGUGAUUGUUAGAUAUAUGUUUUUUAAUUCUGAUGAUGUAGAAUGGUUUAAGCCUAUACAAUUAUUUACAAAAUAUGGAAGAGUAGGUUAUAUUAAAGAAAGUUUAGGUACUCAUGGAUAUUUUAAAGCAAUAUUUGAUCGUAGAAUUAAUCAACAAGACACUGUUGCUAUGAACUUAUAUAAAAGAAUUUAUCCAUCUCUUGGAAAAAUAUGGAGACCUCAAAUAUAAUUAUAUUAACUAUAACUAAUACAUGGUUAUAAUAUAGAAUACCAUAUUUUAUAUGAAAAAGAAUGGCUGGGAU